AUGUUAAUUUUCAGCAUCCGACAAAUUGUACCUCGUGCCUGGAGGCGGCAUCCGGCGUGUUUGUCCAGCGAGAGAUUACACCAAACAACACGCAACUAUGGCAGCCAGGCAAAGAUCAACAAGGACACGAUCGAUCUGUACCGGCAGCAGUACAUCCGUGACUCGUGGACAAACCUAACGCCGAAAGUGUUGUCCCAUCUGGACCGCAAUCUUCAUCUGCAGCGUAACCACCCACUGUCUAUUGUCCGCGAGCGGAUCGUAAAGUACUUCUAUGGUGCGUACCUAAGCCCGCGCGGAAAUCCACUGUUCAGUGUGUACGAUAACCUGAGUCCGGUGGUGUCGGUCGAGCAAAACUUUGACCAGCUGCUUAUACCGCCGAAUCAUCCGAGCCGGGCGAAAAGUGACUGUUACUACGUGAACAAGGAUUAUUUGCUGCGAGCGCACACAACCGCCCAUCAGGUGGAGCUGAUACAGGCCGGGUUGGACAAUUUUCUCGUGGUCGGCGACGUGUAUCGGCGCGAUGAGAUCGAUGCAACCCACUACCCGGUGUUUCACCAGCUGGAUGCGGUACGUAUCUUGCACCAGGACAAACUGUUCGAGCGCAAUCCGGAGCUGAAAGUGCACGAAACGCACUACAAAACACAUCUGUCGAACGGAAGCCCGACUACGGGCACUACCGGUAGCCCGCUGGUGGACUGUAUCGACCAGCACAAGCAACCGUGCCACACGCUGGAAGCGGUAAAGCUGUGUGAACACGAAAUGAAAAAGAUUUUGGUCGGGCUGGUGCAGAAGCUGUUCGGCGAGAGCAUCAAGUACCGGUGGGUGGACGCCUACUUUCCCUUCACGCAGCCGUCAUGGGAGUUGGAGAUUUACUUCAACGGUAGCUGGCUCGAGAUACUGGGCUGUGGCAUAACGCGCAAUGAAAUUCUCGAACGGGCCGGUGUGCAAAACUCGAUUGCGUACGCGUUCGGGGUGGGCUUGGAGCGGUUGGCAAUGAUUCUAUUCGACAUACCGGACAUACGGCUGUUUUGGAGCACAGACAGUGGGUUUUUGAACCAGUUUCGGGACGAUCGAAUCGUCAAGUACAAACCAAUCUCGUCCUACCCCCAGUGCAGCAAUGACUUAUCGUUUUGGCUGCCAGAGGGCAUGACGAUCGAUCAAUUCGCGCUGAACGAUUUCUACGAUAUUGUUCGAAGCGUUGGUGGAGAUAUUAUUGAACAGGUAACGUUGAUCGAUCGCUUUACGCACCCGAAAACUGGCAAGAGUAGUCUCUGCUUCCGCAUCGUCUAUCGUCACAUGGAACGCACGCUGACCCAGGCCGAAGUGAACGUGGUGCAUGCCAAGAUUGGCUCGGAACUGGUUGAAAUGUACCACGUUAGCAUUCGAUAAAGUAGGUUUUU